UUUGCCAACUGAAAGGGAGGGAAGAUUUACGACUAACCGACAGUGGACUAAUUCAUAUCGCUGUAGGAUAUCUGGACUUACCGGAAAUGGACUAAUUCAUAUCGUUGGAGGACAUCUGAACUUACCGACAAUGGACUAGUUCAUAACGAUGGCAGACAAACGGAGGAAUAAAAAGACAUCAUCUACUCCCGAGCGAAAAGGCAAGGAUGCCGCCCCGAAGAUGGAUGAUGAACACGACCUUCCUCUGGAUUACGAACUUAACGUUACGCUGGAUAAAAUCGCUCAGCAAAUCACAGAUGCUGAUUUAAAGAGGAUGAAGUUUCAUUAUUCAGGGGAAAGAGGCUUAGGUCGCCGAGUCCAGGAGGAAAUCACGGAUGCUCUGCUGUUUUUUGAUCACAUGAAGCGUUCAAGGCACCUUGACAGAAACAACCUACUUCACGUGCAGGCGUUGUUGUGGAAUCUUGGGAAGAAAGAUAUAUAUGAUCAGUUUGUGGAAUUUGCCAGAAAAUGUAAUAGUGCCCCUCUUCACUUCUAUGCUUCUGAAGGAGAGGAAGAUCAUCCGGACCGGUCACCUGUCAAGUUCCAUAUCUCUGGCGUGGCGACAGACCGCCGCCAGAUCCAGGGGCUCCAGGGACUCUUGGCAAGGCUGCUCGUUAUACCAGAGGAGGCCAUCGCAUUGAAUGGAGUAAAACCUUUCCACAGCAUCGUCAUAACUUUCCUCAUUCCGCACAGGGCACUGGCAAUCCUUAAGGAUCUGACGUCAGAGGAGAAAGGAUUACUUCAGCAGUGUCACGUCGAUUGCGUUUUUAUUGGUGACGCCAAAAUCAGCUUCACAGAUGCGAAGUAUGAAACUCCGGAAAAAUUGAGUGAGAGAACUGAAAUAUUAAAGCUGCUAGAACAUAACAAACUGCUUGAAAAGAAACUUGAAGACAUUGAGAUAGAGUUGGUCCGGAAAGAUAACAAACUAGCUAGUCUUCAGAGAUCUGUCACCGAAUCGGACACACCAGAAAAAAGAGAGCAGAGAUCGUCACGCAGAACUAGCGGUUCUUUGCCAAGAGUCGGAAGAGAAUCCAGUCAUUAUGACGUCUUGAAUGAAAUAUCACUACAUUUGACGGAAGAGAACAGGAGGAGGUUAUCGGAGGGGUACACAUUUACAGACGAGGAACGGGAACAGCUGCAGCAAAACAAACAUCAUCUGCUUCGAGUAUUAAUCGAUAAAGAUGUUAAAACUGAUACAAGAAACCGAGUACUAGAUCUAAUAAGGAAAUUAGAGGAUGACUCGCUCCUAGAGGUGGCCGAACAGUACCUCGGUAAACUUCCGGAAAUGGAUAUAGAUUGGACAGAAGAACCUCACUUUUAUGAGGAACCGGAACCAGAUGUACCGGAAGUAAAAACUUAAUUGAAAGUUUCAUAAGAACAUAAUUAUGAACUCACAAGAGAAGAAUAUAAUGUAAAAUACGUGUAUUAUGAACGGUAAAAUCACCCAUGUGCGACUCAUUACUAAUAAUAAAUGUUACGAAAAGUAGUUUCUUUAGUGUUUGAACAAAUGAUCAUAAACAAUAAUAGGAGAUUGUUUAUAUCAAAAACUAAGGCAUGGGAAUCAACUGAAGAGUUAUGUUGUUGGAUUGUAUGGCCAGAUUUAAUAUAACAUGUUGUUAUUUGAACGAGAUAGCACUAAAAUUACAAAGUAUAGUCUUAAUAAGGACGACAGUUGCGGUGACAAACACUCGAUGGAUCGUAUAUGGAAGUGUGUUGACUAAUUAUAUUUUUGCCCCAGAGGUCAUAUUUGACCUGAUAAUUCGGCAAAUCAUGACAUCUACCUAGUGAUGAAGGACACAGCUCCCAAAAAGGGAUAGCAAUUCUCACUACGUGAACUACAUGUAUAGAUAUAUCAAUAGAUAAUAUAAUAGAUAUUAAUAUAGGCUACCAUUUAUGGCAAGCCAACUUAUAACCUUUAUCAAGCUUAUAACAAUCAAUGUGGCACUGUGUGGCAAAUACUGAAGACUUCUGUUGUUUGGUAUGAUGACCAGGUGUGAUGUGAUAUGUUAUUUGAAGGAGGCCACUUGUAGUGUCUCGGGUGUUUUACGUAUUGAUUUAUCUAUUGUUUUCUGUCGGUAAUACAAAUGUUUCUGUUUUCUUUAGCCUUAGAGGAUAAUAAACUUGUACAUUAAGUACUGGCAAUCGGGACACUGAAUGAUGUCUGAAGCAUAUUUAAAUUGGUCAAUAACUUUCGUUAAUUGUUCUUCGUUUUUUUUAAAGAAAUAAAAUACAUUCUACAAUUUUGUUUCUGCUUUGCAAACCAACUCUAAGAACACAUUUUAAAAUAUAAAAUGAAAAUGUAAGUACAAACUUUACUUAUUUUGUAACAAUCGUGAAACAAGUUAUAGUGUGCCAACUUAUAUUAAUCACUAUUAUUGGCUUGGAUAGAGGCACUCGAAGGGUCUUAAUUUUGGGAGGGAACCGGAAUUACCCGGUAAAAAACAAGUUGUCGGGCAGGUGAUCCCCAUAUCUUUUCACGUGCGUUUGGAGAAUCGAUCUCCGGCCUCACAAGUUAAAGACAAGUUUGUUACCAUGUGUCAACCGACCACUUGCUUGAAAACUGGAAAGCGCAACUCUAAUGAGAUAUUAUAGCCAAAGUUGUCACCAUUUGUUAAGUUAAUGCACAUUUCAUUUUGUAUAUUCUCUUGUACUUGUGAUAACGCUAAUCGAAAUUUUAUUUAAUGCUGAUUAAAUUUAUAUUUUUGUUA